AUGGCUAGCUCCAACAAAACCGUCAAAUUUGUCGAAUCCGACCCUUCAGGUCUCCCCUUGAAGCGAAAGCAGGUUCAGCAAGCGUGCGAGUCAUGCCGAAAGCGCAAGAAGCGCUGCAUUCACACAGAGGGCGAUGAAGACGCUGAUGUCUCAAAGAGCCCCGGUUCUCGAACUCGGAACCACGAUGGCACUCCCAACGGCCAAGGGGACCAUGGUCUAACACCGUCCGCGCACUCGUCUAGACGCUUCGUCUGCGACACCAACCCAGAAGGCUUGUUCGCUGAGGCAACAGGCUCGGACGCUCUGGGAAGCAAGAGGGGCAGCCGCUUCCUCGGCGACACGAAUCCCGAAGGCAUGUUUGCAGAGGUGACGCACAGCGACGGCGCCACAAGCACAGCUCGCAAUGACGAGGUCGGUGUUUGGGUAUCUACAAGACACGAUACAUCAGUCGCGCCAGAAUCUGCCAACGUGACGGCGCCACACCCUGCCAUUCCCUACGACGAGAUUCUUCUUCCCUACGUCCAAGAACACUGCUUGACCUGUGUCCCUCCUGAAAGGGAGUACCGCCAGUUGAAGAAAGUUUACACCCGCAAGAUCCAUCCCAUCUACGCCCUCGUACCCGACUCCGCCAUGACCGACAAUGAUUCUCCAGCCAACAUUGUGCUACGCCAGGUCAUUUCCUUGGCAGCCGCUACUGAUCCCUCUAUGGCGAACUAUUUGAGGCUAAAUAACAAGGGCAGUGAGAAACUGUCAUUUGUGGAGUUCUCGCAGGCUCUCUCCGGUGCUAUUCGCACAACUCUGGCGACGAGCUUGAUCGUCGACAGGACGGUACACAUUCGGGCUCUUUCCAUGCUGUCGCUCUAUUUCCAGCCGUCCUCUCUCCAGGAGAGCGAAGUCCCCGCCCAAUUCAACGCCGAGGCAAUCCAUCAUUCCCAGACCCUCGGCCUUCACCUGCUGCGCACCGGUGACCCGGCGCUCGAGACGCUCUUCUGCGCCGUAUGGGCGGUCGAUAAAAUCAAUGCGGCUGCUUAUGCGAGCGCUCAUGCUCUCGGCGAUCUCAAACCAUUUGUCGAGCUGCCUGUACUAGAGCCGAUGAUCGUCGAAGCAAACGCGCUGGAGGUGCCGACCCAUCUCCUCGCCACACUGGAGGUCUUCUAUCACGCCGUCAUCAUUCUAUCAUGUAGGCUGCCCCGACCUGGUGCGGAAUCAAAUCAGUCGUCCUACGCCUCAAGCAUCCCUCCAGCAAUGGCCAACGCCCGCCGCUCGCUGGCAUCAGAACGCAUCGCCCACGCCGUAAAGAAGGAGAAGCUAAGCCCCGUCCCGUUUAUUCCCUACGCCGUUUCUCUUUCUCUCAGCGUGGAGUACCGCAAGAUGCGCCACUCGGCGUUGCCAAUGUUCCGCGCCCGCUCGCGCGACGCCUUCAAGUCCAGCUGCGAACUUCUGAAGCGGUUCAAGAAUAUAUUCUACUCGGCCAAAGUCACCUACGGCCUGGGCGAGCGCAUGCUUAAGGAGAUGGAGCGUGCCGCCACGACGCUCGUGCAGGAAGCACCGCCGGCGGCAAACGCUUCGGAGAUCUCCAGUGAGCCGACACCCGAGGUCGCCUUCUCGGCCGAUCCACAGGACUUCGACAUGUCGAUGAACGGCAUGCCGAAUCUCGACUCGAUCGAUUUUAACAUGGAUGUGUUUGGCCAUUUCGACCCCAGCUUCGAUCUGACAAUGGCGGACAACGCGUUGGAGGGCAACCUCGACAUUGGACUUCCCCUGAAUUGGGGCGAAUGGGCACAAUUCGGCAGCUAA